UAAAAAGUCCAAGUGCAGCCGCCGGCGCAAGAUGGGAUCCGGCUCCUCCAGCUACCGGCCCAAGGCCAUCUACUUGGACAUCGACGGCCGCAUUCAGAAGGUGAUCUUCAGCAAGUACUGCAACUCCAGCGACAUCAUGGAUCUCUUCUGCAUCGCCACCGGCCUGCCUCGGAACACGACCAUCUCCCUGCUGACCACAGACGACGCCAUGGUCUCCAUCGACCCCACCAUGCCCACAAAUUCCGAACGCACUCCAUACAAAGUGAGACCUGUGGCCAUCAAGCAAGUCUCCGAGAAAGAAGAAUUAAUCCAGAGCGUGCUGACCCAGGUGGCAGAGCAGUUCUCAAGAGCAUUUAAAAUCAACGAACUCAAGGCUGAAGUUGCAAAUCACUUGGCAGCGCUAGAGAAACGCGUGGAGCUGGAAGGACUAAAAGUGGUGGAGAUUGAGAAAUGCAAGAGUGACAUUAAAAAGAUGAGGGAGGAGCUAGCAGCCAGAAGCAACAGGACCAGUUGCCCCUGCAAGUACAGUUUUUUGGACAACAAGAAGCUGACACCUCACCGUGAUGUCCCCACGUAUCCCAAGUACUUGCUGUCCCCAGAGACCAUAGAGGCCCUGCGCAAGCCGACCUUUGAUGUGUGGCUUUGGGAGCCCAACGAGAUGCUGAGCUGCUUAGAGCACAUGUACCACGACCUCGGUUUGGUCAGAGACUUCAGCAUCAACCCCAUCACGCUCAAGAGGUGGCUGCUCUGCGUGCAUGACAACUACAGGGCCAACCCUUUCCACAAUUUCCGGCACUGCUUCUGCGUGGCCCAGAUGAUGUACAGUGUGAUCUGGCUCUGCAGGCUCCAGGAGAAGUUUACCCAAAUGGAUAUCUUGACCCUAAUGACCGCAGCCAUCUGCCAUGAUUUGGACCAUCCAGGAUACAACAACACGUACCAGAUCAAUGCCCGCACAGAGCUGGCUGUCCGCUACAAUGACAUCUCCCCACUGGAGAACCACCACUGUGCUGUGGCCUUCCAGAUCCUCGCCCAGCCCGAGUGCAACAUCUUCUCCAACCUGCAGCCGGACGGGUUCAAGCAGAUCAGACAGGGGAUGAUCACACUGAUCCUGGCCACGGACAUGGCAAGGCAUGCGGAAAUCAUGGACUCUUUCAAAGAGAAAAUGGAGAAUUUCGACUACAGCAACGAGGAGCACACGACCCUUCUGAAGAUGAUUUUGAUCAAGUGCUGUGAUAUCUCUAACGAGGUGCGCCCGAUGGAAGUAGCGGAGCCGUGGGUGGACUGCCUGUUAGAAGAAUAUUUUAUGCAGAGCGACCGCGAGAAGUCGGAAGGCCUUCCCGUGGCCCCUUUCAUGGACCGGGACAAAGUGACCAAAGCCACGGCCCAAAUUGGGUUCAUCAAGUUUGUCCUGAUCCCAAUGUUUGAAACAGUGACCAAGCUGUUCCCCGUGGUGGAGGAGAGCAUGCUGCAGCCCCUGUGGGAGUCCAGGGACCGAUACGAGGAACUAAAGCAACUGGAUGACGCCAGGACGGAGACGAAGACCGAGGGCCUGGCGGGCGGGGGCGCCGACAAGUCGAGGGAGAAGAGCAGAGAUGUGAAAAAAAGUGAAGACGGUGCCUGAAGGAAGCAGGAGCCGCCGCGGUGUUCUCGCUGUGUCCUGGGCCCGGCCACCCGACAGAUCCCUCCACGCAGGGAGAGCCGAU